UAGGACUUCCUUUGUACAGGGUUGGAUGGGGCAGAAUUUGUUAUGUUAAUUCAAGAGGGCUUCUUGGAACAGUUAGGAAUAGGAUGUCCAACUGGGGACGUGGCGAUACUAGAUCUCAUAUCAGGAAAAGACCCUGAAGAAGGGUCUCGACCCGAAACGUCACCCCUUCCUUCUCUCCAGAGAUGCUGCCUGUCCUGCUGAGUUACUACAGCUUUUUAUGUCUGUCUUUGGUUUUAACCAGCAUCUGCAGCUCCUUCUUACACAUUUUGUCUGUUCGUAUGCUGUACUGGUUUAGCUUCUGUGUACAAGAGAAUGUAAUGCAACAAUCACAUCUAGAAGUGACCAACAGAGUGAGAAUGCAUCUGUUACUUAUUGAGGUGAUGAAGCCAUUAAGGUGAGUUCAGUGAAAGAUGUGUGAAGGUGGUUGGGGAGGUGAUCAUAAGGUGGAAGUAGGAGUCCUUAAGAUCUUCACAGAUGGGAAAUUGUGCUCAGAGAUUAAAGGAAUGAAAACAAUAUUGUACUUUCUCAAGGAAAUGUUCUUGUGCUAUCUGGUUCGUUCAGGAUGUCUUUGUCAAGAGGACUAUGGAAUGAAUAUAUUGGGAUAAGAUGUCAGAAUUUAAAAUGGGGGUGCUUAGCUGUGACUUCAACGCAACAUUGCAAUGACAAGUGAUGGACAGGCUAUGUUGGGAAAGACGCAUUAAUAGCUUGUUUGAAUGAUAGCCCUACACAUAGAAUAAUAGUGCCAUAUAAUACGGACACAGGCCCUUUGGCCCAACUCGUCCAUGCUGAUCAAGAUGUCCCAUCUAAGCAAAUACCAUUUGUCCACUAUUGGCCCAUUACCUUCUAAACCUUUCCAAUCCAUGUACCUAUCCAUCUCUGUUCAAACACAACCCCACCCCACCGUCUGCGGUUACUGAAAAAGAUAUCUGCAAAUCUAUUAAUAGAUAAAUAUAGUUUUAUUUGCUUGAUAGCCACCCGAAAUGUCCCUUAUCCAUGUUCUCCAGAGAUGCUGCCUGAUCCGCUGAGUUAUUCCAAUACUUUGAGCCUUUUAGUUUAUUACUCUCGGUGUUUAUUUCGCUUUAAUUUUGAAAGUGCAAUGACUGAAACUAUUAGUUUCCACAUGUAUAUUUGCCUAGUGGGCAAAAAGUGGGAGGAGUAAAACCACGUCAACUUGGAAAAUGCAAGCGAAGUAAAACAGUUUGCCGGAGAGAACCCGUCUUCGAUGCCGGCCGCAAGCGGUCCCUUUAAACCGGAGACGUGGGGUUGGUGAGGUUUUCCCGCUGGGGUUGCCGCGCCGCUUAGUGUGUGUCCACCCUGGCCGAGUGCGAGAAGCAGGUGUAGCGGGAGCUGGCUCAGGGAGCGCUGCCCAGAGCGAUCCACCGCUGCCCAGCUGAUAGCUGCGAGGGAGCCAAGCUCGCACUGCAACCCAUCUAACCCAGAGGGAAAGUUCAUCUCUUCAAGGUACAUCAGUACCUUUGAAAGUACUUCUCAAGCUUGUUCUUUAUCACAUUAACAGAUGAGAAUUUAACUUUUGUUUAAAAAAAAAAGUGUGCGUGUUUGUUUUUCUCUGCGGGAGAUAGAUAGCCCAUUUGUUAUUUUUUGAUGGUAGACUUUCAAUUUUACCAGUUCUCCACUGAUCUACUUUUAGUUUCUCAGAGAUAAAAAUCAGACCAGUUUAUUGUCACAAUUUUUUUUUUUAAUCCUCAUUUACAUGACAAGAGUAGGACAUUUAAAAUCCAGAACAAAAAAACAAAGUGCAGGAAGAAGAUCAUGCAGGAGACAAAUAUGAAGCAGAAGUUAACAUGCUGUAGCUUAUGUUGAAGCAUAUGAGCCAUUAAGAUGGAAUAUGCAAAUAAACUUGAUGAAGUGGACUUGGCCUGGGACAACCUUCAAGAGGCAAAAACAGUGUUAGAGCAGAUCGAGAGCAAGUUGAAUUCUGAAGAGGAGGAUUUUCAUCCGGAGCUGAGCAUUCGAAAAUGUUUGCAGCGUGAGGCAUUUGGAUGCAGAGCAAAGAAUACUAGAAGCCUUCCAAGUGAGAGAAGUUCAAUGUAUCGACCAACUUCCAUGAUGAACUGCAGACUGGACAAGCAGAGGACUCUGUCUCGCGAAUGGACUCCCACCUUCAGCAGGUCAAAUAACGAUGGAAUGUUCAAACACGAAAUGGAAAAUUAUGAUUCUUCGAGAGGAAUGUUUUGGAAUGAGAGAACAAAACUUUUGCGAAAUGAGAUAAUUGAGCAAGGUGCUCAACUGCCUGAUCUUAAUCAGACACUGAUAACCAGCAAGCAAACGUCAAAUGAGAACUCACCAACUAGACUUGUCCCAGCAAGAUUUCAAGUGUUGGCUAAUUGGGAUGUUUCAGAGCAAGGCUGCCACCAGGCAAGUGAGCAAGAUGUUUGCAGCAGAUCACACACAUGUAACCUGGAAGGAGGUCCUCCACUUGGCAAUGAUGCCAACUUGACAUUUCACUUUUGUAGCCAAAGACAGAUGUCACAUCGGAAAAGUUCUCCAGAGCCUUUAGUAGCUGCGUCUUGCCUUAGUCCUUGUAGAAGUCCACGUAUGCAGUGCCUGGAAUUGAAACGGAGCAAAUCCCCAACCAACAAAUUGGAGGAGCUUAAGGAGCGGAUAAGGCUGCAGAGGAAGCUGCAGAAGGAGCAACAGUUUGCAAGGACCAUCUUAAAUCUACCUCAAGAACAUCCUGUCCCAUUUCACAGGCAGAAGGCCCACAAGGGUGGUUCAGAGAAAUGCUUGAUCAGGAAAGUGACCUUUGCCCGACCAGCACCAUCCUACAAAGGCAAGUGACCAUUUCAUUGUUUCGGGGGUUAUCACCACAUUGACCUUUGAACAAAACACGUGCUGGAGGAACUGAGUGGGUUCUGUGGAUGGAAUGGAUAGGUAAUGUUUCGGAUCACUCCAUGUCCAUUCCAUCCAAGGAGGCUUCCUGACCUGCUAAGUUCCUCCAGCCCUUUGUGUUUAGCUCAAGAUUCCAGCAUCUGCAGUUCAUUCUGUUAUCACAUGGGCUUUAUUUUCUUACUAAAAACCUCUAUCUAAUAGAAUGAAUUAACUGCGCUUGCUGCAGCAUGGUUCAGUUGAUAAGCACUAAUCUAUUAUUCGCUCCAGUGUUUUUUUUCCCCUAUAAGUCAGGUAAUUGAUUUUGUGGUAGAUAAUACUAUUUUGUUUGGCUUGGUACCUGGACUUUUACAGUUGCCGAUUUGACUCGCACCAUCAUUGGUAUCCAUGCCUUCAGUUCUUUCAAAUAGAAAAUAGGUGCAGGAGUAGGCCAUUCGGCUCUUCAAGCCAGCACCGCCAUUCAAUAUGAUCAUGGCUGAUCAUCUAAUAUCAGUACCCUGUUCCUGCUUUCUCCCCAUAUUCCUUGAUUCCGUUAGCCCUAAGAGCUAUAUGUAACUCUCUCUCUUGCCAUCCCGGGAAUUAACCUGGUUAACCUACGCUGCACCCUUAAGAAGCUCCGAAAUUCGGUCGGCCGGAGGCGCUGAAAUUAUCUCCUUAAAUUUCUACUCGUCUCUCAUCUUACAUAUUAGUUGAAAUCAAAAUCUGACCAAUAACGUCUGUUUUUUAGAUAAGUGGCUUAGUUUUUGUAUGUUCUUCUUGACGCUUGUAGUAUGGCAAAAUGCUGCAAAUUAUUGUUGUCUUUGAAUUGGUUCUAGUUUUUACAGUUUUCUUGAACCUCUAGCCUUUGGACCCUGUGAUAGUGCUAACAGUUUAUCAGGAUUCUGCAAAGGCAAGAUCUUUGUUGCUUCUGUACAGUUAUAGGGUGUGCUAAGAAAUAUAUAUAUUUUUUUAAUUCAAACAUCUGAGAAUUGAUGUAUUCACUUUUUACAGAUGCAGCUUAAUAUUGUUGAAUCUCUUCUGACCCCAUCAGCUGUUUUUUUUUUCCCCUCUUAAUUUAAUACUCUACGAACGAAGAACGUUCUAUUCAAUGCUGGUAUAAAUUGCUGCCCACCACACAUUAAAUUCACAUAAAUAGAUGAAUCUGUCUGUGCAUUGUGUAAGUGCUGCAUACAUGCAUCUAUUUCCACAUAGGUAUAAGAAUACAUCCACUCUAACACCACUUAAAGGUUCAAACUUGGAGGUAUUCACACACCUAACUUGUUUUAUAUUGAUCAAGCUCAACAGGCAAUCUGAAGAGCAGGUUCUGUUGAUCAACUUGCAGGCAAGUGUCGUCAUAUUGUCAAAGAUAAAUAAAGAUGGAUACUAAAAUGUGUGUCUAGUCCUACGGAUCACUUUUCAAAGAACCAGGUGAAGAAAGGUCUUGCACAAACUAUCGUUUGGGAAAAGAUUAAAAUCGAUACAGCAAAUAUCAUCAAUGAAGAUGAAACUAUCCACUCAAACUUUAUUCAAAUGCAUUCCGUGUCCCCACUUAUUAUCACUGUAACUUCCAUUCAUUCAAUUGUUUCAUUUCCCAGUGAGAGGGAGAGUGUUGCUCAUAUUGUGGAAUUUCUCCUUGGGAACUGGCUGCAGACACCACAACACAUCGAAAAUUGUAAUAAUUUAUGACACAUCAAGGAAUGCUGAGCUAAAACAGGAUGAACCUGGACCAAAAAUUGGCCGUAACAUUCAGUAUUAUUGUACAGAGUUCAAAUAUGACAUUCACUACAUAGGGACCGGAGUACAUCCCACAUCUUGAACGCAUUCCAAUUUUUCAUUCUGUUUGAUUGGUUUGGCAUCAAGUACUUGGGCAGCUGUUGGAAAUGCAGCUGUCUCACUGCUCCAGUGGCCUCAUUUUGAUUCUGAACCUUGCUACCUGUGUGCAAUUAGAAUGG